AUGAAAAUGGCGGUAAAUUCGAUGUCGAUUCAUGCUCCGUCCGACACCAACAAUAACAGCAUAUCCGUUAGUUGUGCCACGAGUCUUGGCGCAAACAUGACUUCCGCCAGCGUUAGUACCAGAGUAGCAUCACCUGGUUCUUCGGGUUCGGCAGAGUUUGAUUUUCCUUUCAUGGAACCGCGGGACUCGAAAGACGGCACGUGCAAAUCCGAAACGGAAUCACCUGAACAUCAAGUGCAACCACCGGCGGCUUUAACACCCCAACUGCAACAGCAACCGCAACCCUUGCAUGAGAUAGAAGUUCGAGAGAUUAUAGUACCUGCUGAAAUGACUAACAGCGACGGGCAGUCGCCCUCCCUUCCGACGGCUGUAAUAAUCAACCAGCACAAACAUAGGAUGAUAACAACUACUGGUGAGAUUGCAGAAACCCACGAUGUACAUCCUGAAACUUCAGAAUAUGAAACCGUUGAGUACCAUCAAGGGGUUACCACCGUCACAACGGCCACGGGCCAUGCAUACGCAUACGAACAACCAAUGACUAGUCAAAAUGGUAAUGGAACAUCAUCGUCUCCUGCGCCACAGUUCCUAAAACGUGAAACCAACAUGGAAAAAGAGCGGCUUGUAGGUGUCGACAGUCAUCCGCACAUCCCUGUUCAGACGCAAACAAUUUUCGUUGAGUAUAAAAACGACGUUGAUGAACCGGCUCGCUACGGAAAUCCUUCCCUUGUACGAUACGAGGAAUUGAAAUACCACCCACGAUAUGUGCACUACCAGCAACCGCAUCCCAGCUUACCUCUGCCCCCACAUCACUUACAUCAAUCACAUCAUCCGCAUGUUGCGGUGGCACAGCAGCAUCAUUCACAGCAAGAGGUAGAUUCUUCCAUCAAAUCGGAACAUUUGGAACAUCAGCAUCAUUCCCAACAACAUCCCCAGCAUCAACAGCCACAGCAACAGCAACAACAGCAACAACAACAACAGCACCAACCACAUCAUCAUCAACAACAACAACAACAACACCAUAUUCAAGCACAAAUUCAACAUCAUCAUCAAUCGUCGCAUCAACAGCAGCCACAUCAGCAUGCGAUUCAAAUUUAUGAGCAAGAGGCAAGCCAACCCGGUGAAGUUCAACAAUCAUCCGAAGCAUCAUCCAGCGAGGUCAAAACGCACUAUACCAACUUGGAACCAGUGCACUCGCUCUCAUCUACACAAAACUACUACAUCACGCCUGAAAGUUAUCAGACUGCAGGAAACUAUCCUUACAUCUCAGCCAAAGAAACUGUAUAUUAUCACCCAGCUAGUCCGAACACGGUACUGUACAAAAGUAGCGACCCAACACUGACUUCUUCCUCGCUCAUAUCCUCCAAGCAGAUUCACUACGGAUCGCAAAGUGUCUACGAGAAUAGCUCAACGCACAACAGCGGUUCUCCGGGCGCACAGCAAAUUUAUCCGUACUGGAACGCAAACAUCGACUAUAGCACGACAUUUGGUGGUACUGUAGUCAUGGACCAAACGCCAUCCGGAGCUGCGGAGUACCCAAACAACGGGCAAGCGUGGCAAAUAAGUAGCCUUGCCGAUGCUUACGAACCGUCAAUUCUGGCUUCGGCGGAGCACCGAGAGUGUGUCAAUUGCGGCAGCUCAGACACGCCUCUAUGGCGAAGGGACAACGUCGGGCAUACGCUGUGUAAUGCAUGUGCGUUGUACAACCGUCAGAACCCGGGUACCAAUCGACCUCCGAACCGCAGUCAGAAGUCCAAGCAAGCACCGAAAACGCCCAUACCCGGCAAUCGCCGAACGGGAGUGACCUGUGCCAACUGUCAAACUACGACGACAACGCUGUGGCGUAGAAAUAACCGCGGUGAACCGGUGUGUAAUGCGUGCGGUCUCUAUCACAAGCUGCACAACGUUGACCGGCCGUUGACUAUGAAGAAGGAAGGAAUUCAAACGAGGAAACGGAAACCAAAGUCUACGCAAGCGAUGCAACCGCUGAACGGGAUGAAUGGAGAAAAACUGCUUCCCUCGAUGAUCUCGUCGUCGCUGCAUCCCCCUGUAGGUGUGAGUGGUAUCCCUCAGAAACUGCUGAUUCAGCCGCACGGUCAUCUGUCCGUAUCGUCUCAGCCGAUGGAGCUUCACCCGAGUCACGUUAUCACGUCCUCGUCCGGAGCCGCGCAGGACCAAAGGUACGUCGAUAGUGUGGUAUCCACAGCGAACAGUAUGUCGCCACAUUUGCCGAGCAGUAACAGUUUGACGCGGCAUGUCACAACCAGUGUCCCAGCAUUGGAUUCCAGUCGGACGUCGAAUGGGGAAAUAACGAGCGUAAUCACUAGCACGGCAGUAGCGGAACGGGCUAGCAAUUAG